AUGCCUGGCGAGCCCAUCGGCCUCGAUGACGAGCCCGUUCCCGUCAGCACGCUGCCAUACCCACCUAUCCAUGAGGACAAGAAGUUCGUCGUCCUCUCCGACUGGGACGGCACUAUCACGACUCGCGACUCCAAUGAUUACAUGACCGACAACCUUGGCUAUGGCAAGGAGAAGCGGCGCCAGGGGAAUAUAGACACGCUCUCUGGGAAGAUCACCUUCCGAGACUCGUUCCGGGAGAUGCUCGCGAGUGUGGUCGCUAAUGGACACAAGCUGGACGAAUGCAAGGAGGUCCUGCGGAAGAAUAUCGGGCUCGAUCCGGGCUUCAAGGACUUCUACCGGUACUGCAAGGGCGCCGACAUCCCCGUGGUCAUCGUCUCCAGCGGCAUGACGCCGACGAUCCGUGCCGUGCUCACGAACCUGCUCGACCAGGAGGAGGCGAAGGAGAUCGAAAUCGUGUCGAACGACGUGGACGUGCAUCCCGACGGCAAGUGGGAGAUCAAGUUUCGGCACCCGAGCAGCGGGUACGGCCACGACAAGAGCCAGGCGAUCUUGCCCUACCGCAGGUUGCCGAACCCUCCGCUGAUAUUCUUCUUCGGUGACGGCGUGUCAGACCUGUCCGCCGCGCGGCACGCGGACGUGCUCUUCGUCAAGGACAAGGGCGACGGUGAGAACGACCUCGCGGCGUACUGCACGCGCGAGAAGAUUCCGCACAUCGUCUUCAAGGACUUUGGACGCGCGCUCGAGGUCAUGCGCAGCGUUGUCGAGGGGAAGAAGACCGCGCAGGAGGUGCUCGCCGCUGGACGUGCUUGA